CUGCUUCAGUCUCCAUCCUACUCAUUCCUCUGGUGAACUAGGUUAAUUAUAUCAACAAAAAAGAUGCCUAAACUUCUACAAAGCAUCGUCACUGUCAUCGAAGUUUUCUACCAAUAUGCCACCCAGGAUGAGGAGUGUGACAUGUUGAACCGGGCAGAACUAAAAGAAUUUUUGGAAAAUGAAUUUCAUCAAAUUAUGAAGAAUCCAGAUGAUCCAGACACUGUAGACAUCAUCAUGCAAAGUUUGGAUCGAGACCACAACAAGAAAAUGGAUUUUACUGAGUAUCUUCUGAUGAUAUUCCAACUGGCUCAGGCUUGUAAUAAAAUCAUUGGGAAAGAUUACUGCCAAGCUUCAGGGUCAAAGCAAAAGGGUCAUAGUCACCAGCACCAAGAGGAACAUAGUGAAACAGAAGAGAAAAAUAAGAAGCAAGAGUCAUCUUCUGGCCCUUCAAGGAAGGGUACAGGAGAGAAUGAUUCAUAUUCCAGGGGCUCUAGAAGAAGCAUUAAACACAGGCCUCAAUUCAGCUCCAAAAGAAUUGGACAUCAAGGAGGUUUAUCUAGUUUGGGGCACAGACAAAGCUCUGGGGAAGGCCAUUUCAAAGAUGGUAAGAAAAAUAAGUAUGGUUCUCAUCAGCAAGAAAGGUCAGGGAGUGAAGAAGUUGGUUAUACUCAUUCAAGUAACUAUAAAGAAAGAUCACAUUCAGCAAAUCAGUCAGGUGGUUACGGAGAAGGGCAUGUUUGCCACUCAGAAGAUCAGUCUUUCAGUUCCCAUCAACAUUGCUCUGACUCAGACAAAUCUUCAGGAAAUAGCCAACAUAACAAGAAAUCAAGCCAGCAUCACGGAUUCAGCUCAGGAAGCCAUGGAGGACAAGAACACCAGUCAAAUUCAAAUACACUCACUGGUUGUGGUCAUGAGUCUGGCUCAGGUCAGUCUUCUCAACAGAGACGGCAUGAAUCAAAUGCAGGAUCUCAAUCAGGAAACUGUGAAGAACAAGGAUACUGUUCUAGUUCAAGUGAGGCAUCCACUUAUGGGUCACACUCAGGCCAGUCUUCUAGUGAAAGAACAUAUGGAUCCAACUCAGGUAGUCAGUCAUGCAGUUGUGAAAGACAAAAGCAUGGCUCUGGAUCAGGGCAAUCCUCUAAUUAUGGGGAAUAUGGACCUGGAUCUAAUCAAUCUUCUAGUCAGAGGAACCGUGAGUCUCAUUCAGAAUCCAGUUUAGACGAGUCAUCAAGCUGUGGACAUGGACCUGGGUUUGGUCAGUCUUCUGGUUUUGGUCAACACAGGUCUACAUCAGGACAGACUUCUAGGUAUGGAAAACAUAGUUCAAGCUCAGGUCAUUCCUCAAGAUACGGUCACUAUGGGUCUGCAUCAGGUCAAUCUUCUGGCUUUGGACAACAUGGUUCUACUUCAGGACAGUCAUCAAGCUAUGGACAUCAUGGAACUAGCUCAGGUCAGUCUUCUAGCUAUGGCCAACAUGGGUCUGGCUCAGGCCAGUCUUCUGGCUUUGGACAACAUGGUUCUACUUCAGGACAGUCAUCAAGCUAUGGACAUCAUGGAACUAGCUCAGGUCAGUCAUCAAGCUAUGGCCAACAUGGGUCUGGCUCAGGCCAGUCUUCUGGCUUUGAGCAACAUGGGUCUGAAGCAGGUCAAUCCUCUACUUAUGGACAACAAAGUUCUACUUCAGGCCAGUCAUCAAGCUAUGGCCAACAUGGAUCAGGAUUAGGCCAGUCUUCUAGCUGUGAACAACACAGGUCUGAAGCAAGUCAAUCCUCUUGUUGCGGCAGACAAAGAUCUGGCUCAGGUCAGUCUUCUGGCUUUGAACAACAUGGAUCUGAAGCAGGUCAGUCCUCUGGCUAUGGCCGACAUAGGUCUGGCUCAAGUCAAUCUUCUAGCCAUAGCCAACAUGGGUCUCAAUCAGGUCAAUCCUCUGGGUAUGGACAACAUAGAUCUAGCUCAGGCCAGUCUUCUGGCUUUGAGCAACAUGGGUCUGAAGCAGGUCAAUCCUCUACUUAUGGACAACAAAGUUCUACUUCAGGCCAGUCAUCAAGCUAUGGCCAUCAUGGAGCUGGCUCAGGUCAGUCUUCUAGCUAUGGUCAACAUGGGUCUGGCUCAAGACAGUUUUCCAGCCAUAGCCAACAUGGAUCUAGCUCAGGUCAGUCUUAUAGCUAUGGACAACAUGGAUCAGGGUUAGGUCAGUCUUCUAGCUAUGAAUAUGGGUCUGAAACAGGUCAAUCCUCUUGCUACGCCCGACAUAGGUCUGGCUCAAGUCAAUCUUCUAGCCAUAGCCAACAUGGGUCUCAAUCAGGUCAAUCCUCUGGCUAUAGACAACAUAGAUCUAGUUCAGGUCAGUCUUCGGGCUAUGGCCAACAUCAAUCAGGAUCAGGGCAGUCUUCUGGCUUUGGGCAACAUGGGUCUGAAGCAGGUCAAUCCUCUACUCAAAGACAACAUAGUUCUACUUCAGGGCAGUCAUCAAGCUAUGGACAUCAUGGAACUAGCUCAGGUCAGUCUUCCAGCUAUGGCCGACAUAGGUCUGGCUCAAGUCAAUCUUCUAGCCAUAGCCAACAUGGGUCUCAAUCAGGUCAAUCCUCUGGCUAUAGACAACAUAGAUCUAGUUCAGGUCAGUCUUCGGGCUAUGGCCAACAUCAAUCAGGAUCAGGCCAGUCUUCUGGCUUUGGGCAACAUGGGUCUGAAGCAGGUCAAUCCUCCACUUAUGGACAACAUAGAUCAGGAUCAGGGCAGUCUUCUGGCUUUGAACAACAUGGCUCUGGCUUAGGUCAAUCCUCUACUCAAAGACAACAUAGUUCUACUUCAGGGCAGUCAUCAAGCUAUGGACAUCAUGGAACUAGCUCAGGUCAGUCUUCCAGCUAUGGCCGACAUAGGUCUGGCUCAAGUCAAUCUUCUAGCCAUAGCCAACAUGGGUCUCAAUCAGGUCAAUCCUCUGGCUAUAGACAACAUAGAUCUAGUUCAGGUCAGUCUUCGGGCUAUGGCCAACAUCAAUCAGGAUCAGGCCAGUCUUCUGGCUUUGGGCAACAUGGGUCUGAAGCAGGUCAAUCCUCCACUUAUGGACAACAUAGAUCAGGAUCAGGGCAGUCUUCUGGCUUUGAACAACAUGGCUCUGGCUUAGGUCAAUCCUCUACUCAAAGACAACAUAGUUCUACUUCAGGGCAGUCAUCAAGCUAUGGACAUCAUGGAACUAGCUCAGGUCAGUCUUCCAGCUAUGGCCGACAUAGGUCUGGCUCAAGUCAAUCUUCUAGCCAUAGCCAACAUGGGUCUCAAUCAGGUCAAUCCUCUGGCUAUAGACAACAUAGAUCUAGUUCAGGUCAGUCUUCGGGCUAUGGCCAACAUCAAUCAGGAUCAGGCCAGUCUUCUGGCUUUGGGCAACAUGGGUCUGAAGCAGGUCAAUCCUCCACUUAUGGACAACAAAGUUCUACUUCAGGGCAGUCAUCAAGCUAUGGACAACAUGGGACUAGCUCAGGUCAGUCUUCCAGCUAUGGUCAACAUGGGUCUGGCUCAAGUCAGUUCCCCAGCCACAGCCAACAUGGGUCUGGCUCAGGCCAGUCUUCUAGUUAUGAACAACAUGGCUCUGCAGGAGGCCAAUCCUCUAGCUAUGGCCAACAUGAGUCUGGCUCAGGAGAAUCAUCAAACUGUGGUCAGCAUGCAUCCAGAUCAGGUCAGUCUUCUGGCUAUGGCCAACACAGAUCUGCCUCUCACCAAAGUCAGCAUGAGUCUGGCUCAGGUCAGUGUUCUAGCUCUGAACAAUAUGGGUCUGGCUCAGGUCAGUGUUCUAGCUCUGGACAAUAUGGGUCUGGCUCAGGUCAGUGUUCCAGCUCUGGACAAUAUGGGUCUGGCUCAGGUCAGUGUUCCAGCUCUGAACAAUAUGGGUCUGGCUCAGGUCAGUGUUCCAGCUCUGGACAAUAUGGGUCUGGCUCAGGUCAGUGUUCCAGCUCUGGACAAUAUGGGUCUGGCUCAGGUCAGUGUUCUAGCUCUGGACAAUAUGGGUCUGGCUCAGGUCAGUGUUCUAGCUCUGGACAAUAUGGGUCUGGCUCAGGUCAGUGUUCUAGCUCUGGACAGUGUGGUUUGGGAUCUGGUCAGUAUUCUGGCACUGAACAAUAUGGGUCUGGCUCAUGUUACUCACCUAGCUCUGGACAAUGUGGUUUUGGCUCUGGUCAGUAUUCUGGCACUGAACAAUAUGGGUCUGGCUCAUGUUACUCACCUAGCUCUGGACAAUGUGGUUUUGGCUCUGGUCAGUAUUCUGGCACUGAACAAUAUGGGUCUGGCUCAUGUUACUCACCUAGCUCUGGACAAUGUGGUUUUGGCUCUGGUUGUUCUAGCUACAGGCAACCUGAAUCACAAGGGAGAUGUGGGUCAAUUUCAAGUGGUACUUCUGAUGAGUAUAGUAAACCCAAAACAGGCUCUACCCCAAAUCAAUCAAGAAGAAAUAGCCAGGAAUGGACAGGGUACAACCAAAAAGAAAAUAGUAGUAAGUCUGAUAGAUAUGAGAGUAUUCAUGGACAAACACAAGUACAAAGCUCAUCAAAUUGUGGCAUUAGACAAUUUACACCCUCCUAUGGACAGUCUAGAUCCAACACAACCAAUACAUUAUUAAUUUGCAAGGAGGACAGUAGACAAGAUGGCUAUUAUUAUCAAAGAGAAGGAGGUAACCGUGGAGGUGGAAGCACCAACUCAAGUUCACGCAGUUUCCGUAGCAGCACUCCACUCUAUGAAUAUGUCCAACAACAGAGGUAUUAAUUCUGAUGGUGAAUAAUAAAUAGAAGUAAAAUUAACUCAAGUAGCAAUUUAAAAAAUAAGUAACUGUAAUAGACAAGCAAUUUAUUUUAAAGCUUCUUUCUAAAAGUGGAUGUACUUGUUCCUAUCUUUUUCAUUUAACUGUAUUCCUUGUGACUGGGUUCCUUCCAAAGAAUGUAGAGUAUGUGGGUGACACUGUUAGGAAAUACUGAGUUGAAUAAAUAAUGUAUGGGACUAAAUUUGGAAGAAUAAUAAAAAGCACUUAUGGA